CGGACGUGAUAUUUGCGCAACAGAAAGAGUGAAGCUUUAGGGAAAAUUUAUAACCCGCAGUUCAAGAUGCAGAUGAUGCUCGAGAGUUAUUUCAAUCUUCACUAUUAUGGAUAUGGAAAAGAAGAGUAUAUUUCCGAUUCCGAUGGCUACGAUACGGAACCUGAAGUGGAAAAGAAGAAGGAACCUGAAGAGGAAGUGGUGAAUCGUGAAUUUCCUUUCGACGAUGACAUUAUCUACAUAAACCUCAAAGGUCCGAGAGUAAGAACGGGCUGGGAUAAUCUUCCGAUGGAGAUUCUUAUUCGAAUCUUCUCCUCCAUCAGACCGAGUGAUCGCAACUCGGCGGCACUCACGUGCCACCGUUGGUUCGAAGCUCUGCGCCAUCCGAUGUUCCUCGAUGAGACCUGUUUUCACUUUGAGUGCAUCGAGCUUUGCGACAACAAGUCACCCAUCCAGAUUUUCCUGGAUAGCUUCCGGCACUUUACCAACAUUAAACUAACGCGGGUGCAGUUUAGCGGCCAAACCGAGUUCUGGGACUACUUCGGAGUGCACAUCCGUGAAAUAACGUUCGACAACUGCGCACUUACCAAACCAAAGCUGUCGAGCAUCCUGGGCUGUUUGCCAAAUUUAGAACGAUUAAAUAUAGUCGAUUGUGACGAGCUGUUCAAGAGUUGGCACCCUGUGAUCUUUCAGAAUAUAUCUCCGAUCUGCAGACGCCUCAAGCAUGUGGGCUUACGCAAAAUAAGUACCUUCAAUGAAGAUCACCUGAACUACCUAGUAGCGAUGGCUCCUCGGAUAUCGUCACUGGAAAUUUCCAAAUGCCUCAAAGAUGUGGAUGCCAACCAGCGAGUGAAGAUCCUAUCUCACAUACUUCGCAUCCUAAAGCUCAACAAACAUCAAAUGCGAUCGGUCAACUUUAGCUACACCAUGUACGAUGAUCUUUUCCUGAAGCAGUUUGCCGAGAUCGAGAACAUGUCACUUAGCGAUAUCAGCUUGUCAUUCUUCGUGCGAACUCCGAUCAAGGACCCCGGCAUAAUCGACGUCCUGAAGAAACAUACCAAUUUGGUGCACCUAGAUCUGACAUCGUUCCUGAAUCUCUCCGAUUUUGCUCUGAUCGAAAUCGCCAACUCAAUGCCACUGCUCAGGACUUUGAAACUGAACGGUUGCUGGCUUUUGACCGAUUUUGGAAUAUCCGCUAUCAACAAGCUACGAAAAUUAAGAGUCCUAGAUCUUUCGGAUUGCGAUCAUGUUACGGAUAAUGGCUUUCUGACAGCGAUUGUCGAUAGGGACAGAGCUAACAUGCAAGAGCUGUAUCUCAGCAUGCUUCCGGGGUUAACGGAAAAUGUGAUCCUGAAGAUCUGCCUAACGCUGACUAAGCUAACGGUGUUGGACUUUUGCGGAUCGGAUUGCAUCAACGAUACGUCGAUUCAGUUUGUCUUCUGCUACCUUAAGUUGGUUCGGAUUCUACGAUUGAAUGGAUGUGUUAAGAUUACAGAUGCCGGUCUCACAGGAGUUGAUCUACAGCGGCCAGCCAUCGAAAUUUGGGACGAACAGCAAACCUUUUCGAUCGACAUGCUCCACGGCCUGCAGGAGCUUCAGAUAUCCGGAUGCUUCAAAGUAACCGACCUUAGCCUAAAGCGAAGCUUCAAACUAAUCGAAUUGCGGGAGAUCAAUCUUUCGCACUGUGUCCAUAUUACAGAUGAAGGCAUCGACGCCAUGGCCAGGAAUUGCCCCUCGCUGGAAGUGGUCGAUCUGAGCGACUGCACAAAUCUCACCGAUGAGAGUGUUGAAGCACUGUCCAAGUAUUUGAUACGGCUCAGAGCUCUGAAGCUAGUUCGCCUUCCCCUAUUGACAACAGACACCGUCUAUUCGCUGCGAGCCAACUGUAAACGGCUUAGGAACAUAAGCCUUCGGGGUUGCAACCAACUGCCUCGCAAUGCCAUCAACAUGCUGGGCAGGAUGAAGUGUCUGCGGAAUCCACCAAACUCUGACUUAUUCGUUCAGAUGUAAAUAUAAAUAUAUUGUAGUGAUGCAUCAGCAGUUAAUAUAAUUGACAUAAAUGAUUGUUC